AUGUCCUCCACUGCUCAUUUGCACAAUCACCCCCUGAUUGAAUUAUCGUUUCAGCUAAAGCAUUCUUCUCGUGCGGACAUCUCGUUACUUGCCUACACUGCUUUGAAAGUCUCGGCAUCUGGCGUGAGGCGCUCUCCGCGCAAAGGACUACUUACAUUUGAGAAAGUGGUACUUUGUGGCAGCGAAGCAACGGCCGUAGGAGCCCUUCAUGAACACCUAGAGGGCGCGCACAACGAACUAGUUCACGCCCAGUAUUCAGCUCAAAUCGCUCAUCGAAAUACCGACAUCGUGACUACGACCCGGACGGCAAUAUCAAACUUGGUGUCCGAUGAAAUGCUCAAUCUACAGUCGGGAUUAAAUCUCUUCUUAACCAUUUGGGCAACCUUGCGAACGGAGUGCAUGGAUAUCCUAGAAUGGCUAGAAAACCAAAAGAAGCAUCAGAACCCAUCCCCGCCCCCACCCCCAUGUGUUGAAUCAUAUCUCACGGAUGGGUCUACUCUGUAUUCCUCGCUUGCUGGUGCACUUGACAUAUAUGUCGAAGGACUGGAGUCUUCGUGCUUUGCAGAUCAAUCUUAG